UUUGAAUUAUAUUUAAAACAAAUUCAUGAAUGUUAUAUCAAUUUUAUUCAAGAAAAAAUGAUUACAACUGAUCAAUUAUCAUCAGCUAUAUCACAAUUACAAUUUUAUUCAUUGGAUUGUGUUCAUUUUUGUCAACGAAAUGCAUCUAAAUUAGAAAAAAAUGAACGUGAACAAAUGUGGUUAAAAUUUUUAGAUCAAAUAUUAGAAUUAUCAAGUUUAAAUGAAAAUAUUGUUAGUGAAUUGAAUAAUGAAACAGUAAAUGUUUAUAAAAAUGCAUUUCGACGUAUUUAUGGUGGAAUAUUGAAUAGUAUGAUUGGUUAUGUUACAUUGCCAGGUUGGUCAUUUUAA